CAUUCCACGGUCAUAAUCAUGUAGUAGGUGACUUCCAACAAACGGGAGUGGGGCUCCAAAGUAUAACAAUAAACAGAGUGUUUAUAUUUCUCUCUUGAAAUAGAAACAGAAACAGAGACACUCUGCAUAAUCAAAUGAAGAUGAAUCACAGACACAAGUACUACUCUGUGAAAUCUCCCUACCCAUCUCUUCUCUCCCUCUUCUUCUUCUUCUUCUUCUUCUUUGCAAUCUCUCUCUCUGAUCCUCGCACCACCGAAUCAGCUCUCUUCUGCACCACCACCUCCACCACCACAACAACUCCUAAUGCGCCAUCACCGUCACCAUCCUCCUCCGCCACCACCGUUUCCAUCCCCACAUUUGUCCAGGAAAUGCAAACACUCUCCCAAAUCGUCUCGACCAACCACUUCGUCACUUACAGUAUCCCCGAUUCUCCUCUCCCCAUGUUCGGUCUCAUUCAAUGCCACCACGAUCUCUCCCAAACCGACUGCCUCCUCUGCUAUGCUGCCACCAGAAUUCGGCUCCCCCGCUGCCUCCCCUCCCCUUCCGCCGCCAUAUUCCUUGACGGCUGCUUCCUUCGCUACGAUACUUACAGCUUCUACAAUGAAUCUGUCUCCAAUUCAUUGAAUAAGGUCAAGUGCGGUACUGAAAAUGCUACCCAAGCAGGGGGGAUGGGGUUUGUAAGGAGUGUGGAGUAUGCUGUUGGGAAUGUUACGAGUAUUGCGGUGGAGAAUAAUGGGUUUGGGGUUGUGAGCGUGGAGAGAGUGUAUGCGUUGGCGCAGUGUUGGGAGAGUGUGGGAAUUGAUGGGUGUAGAGAGUGCUUGAAGAAGGCAGGGGAGGCAGCGAAAGGGUGUGUCCCGAGGAGAGAAGGGAGAGGAAUGAAUGCUGGGUGUUAUUUGAGGUAUUCCACUGAGAAGUUCUAUAAUGAUGGCAGAGAAGCAGGUCUUCACAGUCAUGGGAUGUCUGGACUUGGGAUCAUCGUAGCUAUUGCUUUAGCAUCGGUUGCAUUCCUCAUGCUCUCCCUCUUUGCCGCUUAUGCCGGCUAUGCAAGACUAUCCAAGAGGAAAGAAGGUCACAAAAAUCUUGGCCGGUUCUCUGGUAGUAUCCACAAAUCAAGUCCAAAUUUCAAGUAUGAAAUCCUCGAGAAGGCAACGGAUUAUUUCAAUCUCUCAAGGAAAAUAGGCCAAGGAGGAGCUGGUUCUGUAUACAUGGGGACGCUUCCAGAUGGCCAAACUGUUGCUGUUAAGAGAUUGGUUUUCAAUACUAGACAAUGGGUGGAUGAGUUCUUCAAUGAGGUCAAUUUAAUCAGUGGAAUACAGCACAAGAACCUUGUGAAGCUUCUUGGUUGCAGUAUCGAAGGCCCCGAGAGUCUCCUGGUUUAUGAGUAUGUACCCAACAGGAGCCUCGAUCAGUUCCUUUUUGAUAAGAAAGGAAAUCAAAUUCUGAAUUGGAAGCAACGGUUUGCUAUCAUAGCUGGGGCAGCUGAGGGGCUUGCAUAUCUUCAUGGAGGUUCUGAAACAAAAAUAAUUCACAGGGACAUCAAAAGCAGCAAUGUACUUCUUGAUGAGUUUUUUACUCCAAAGAUUGCUGAUUUUGGUCUUGUUCGAUCUUUCGGAGUGGACAAGACUCAUCUUAGCACUGGCAUCGCUGGGACAAUAGGCUACAUGGCUCCGGAGUAUCUUUUACGAGGACAGCUUACAGAGAAAGCGGAUGUUUAUAGUUUUGGAGUGCUACUUCUUGAAAUUGUAAUUGGGAGAAGAAAUAAUGCCUUUACACAGGACUCAGGUUCACUUCUACAAACAGUUUGGGGACUUCAUUUAUCAAGUAGAUUGGCUGGAGCUGUUGAUCCUUGUUUAAAAGGUGAUUUUCCAACAAAUGAAGCAGCUAGAGUGCUCCAUAUUGGGCUUCUGUGCGCACAAGCAUCAGCCGCUUUAAGACCAUCCAUGGCACAGGUGGUUACAAUGCUAAGUAAUGAAGAUUGCGAAAUACCGAUGCCGAAUCAACCUCCUUUUGUGAAUGCUAGUGUUCUAGACCCUGCAAGUUCUGUAAGGUCAUACAGCUCAAAUAGUAAUGUAUCGAAUACAGCAACCAAAGUCGAUGGUUCAUACACUUCUACAGGGUCCUCUAGCGUACACAUUUCAGAUGGACCUUCAAGAAGUUAGGGUGUUUUUCAAACAAAAGUUGUUCAAUAAUUCAUAGAAUCAGAGACCAUUGGAUCCAAGACAGGUAUACGUAGACUAGAGACACAGACAGAACUCUAUUCUCUGCAAUGAAUGUCCGGACACCUGCCCGUUCCUCUUGUUGGCAAUGGCACCUUCAUGUUCAUAAUUAUCAAAAGUUUAUACUUUGUAGUUUGUAGUGAACACCGAAGGAGGUGGUUGGCUGGCUGGGUCCAGUUUGCUCAAAAAUUUGUGGCAAAGCUAAGCACACGUGCCUAGUUUUCAAUGGAUGAGCGGCGUCUUAUGGAUGGGCGGGGUCUUGCUGUAAUUAAACUACAGCAGAUGCAUUGUACCUUUACAUAUAAACUCGAAAUAUUCUUAUUAUCUUUUUUAUGUUGAAUUUUAAAGUCAGAACAUAUCUAUGAUCUUUUUCAAAAAAUAAAAUAAUUGAAGCCACUUUGCCGUAGU